AUGCGAAGCGCUCAAAACAUUCUCGAUUCAGCUUCGAGAGAUAUCGUUCUCAUCCCGGUGAAUUGCAACAACAAUCACUGGUGUUGCAUCAUGAUAAAUCGAGCUACACAGCACAUCACGUUUUACGACCUAUUGAACUCGAAGUAUGCGCUUCAUGUUCGUGCUGUCGCGCACAAACUCGCGGGGAUUCUACGGUCUACCAUGCGCGACAGCUUUUUCAAUGUCCGGUCUUUUGACACUGACGUUGAGAUACAGCGUGACAGCUACAACUGUGGAGUAUAUGUGCUUCUAUCUUUUGAGCACUUUACUGGAGCGCCAUGCUUUGGCCAGGUGGACAAGACUACGCUGGAAUAUCUUCGCUACAGGUACAUGACAAUGUGCUACUAG